CUCUUUCUUCAGCCUACAAAAAAGUUGCAUCUUUAUUAGUAAUUUGAGUUGUUUUCUUGAACACUGUACCCUUUUCUUAUCCCCACUACAAAUCUUGAUUUUUUUUCAAACUUUUCUUCUCCAAAUUGUUUUUCAAUUUUUGUUUCUUGAAUCUGAGCAAAAAAGAAAUAAAAAUGGGCAGUUGUUUGAGCAAGAAGAAUGUUUGUGCUUCUUCACCGCCUCCAGCGGUGCUUCCCGACCCACCGGAAAAGCUGAAACCCGAAGCCCAGCCGGAGAAGAAAGAAGAAACUGUCGUCAAGAAAGAGAUUUUCAUAAUCAAACACCGCAAAAGCCACGAAGUCGAGCGGCAGAGAUCGGAGCUGGAGGAGAAGGCGGAGGUGAAAAAAGUCGAUGAAUUCGUGGAUAAGGGUAAGAAUGCGAGCUCGAGCAACGGUUUGGACGGAGGAGCGGCGGCGGUGAGGACUUCGAGCUGCACUAAGGAAGAGGUGGACGCUAUUUUGAUACAAUGCGGCCGCCUCAGCCGGAGCUCCUCCACAGGGAAGGCGGCGCUCUCGUCGGAGAGGAAGUAUUCGGGGUCGAAGAGGAGUUACGACUUCGACAACGAGAACGGGAGAUGCGACGACAACAAUGCCGACGGAGACGAUGAGGCGGUGGCUAGAGAGAGGGAGAACCGGCGGAGGGAGCGCCGCCUCUCGCAAGGGCGGCGGAGGACGCCUAGUAGGGAACGGGAGGCAGCGCAGCAGCGCUCCGGAAGCCGGGAAAGAGGCGGCGGGAGGCGGGUGAGCAGAUCUCCCGGUAGAAGAUCUGAAUCCCCAAUCACUACUAACAGUGGGACUAAUUCCAACUCCUCCGCCGCGAAUGCUAACCCCCGGCCGGGGAAGUUGGUGUCGGUGCCGGCCAUGGCGAUGGACAAGAGCACUAACGCCGGCGGUGAGGCCGCGACGGGCGUGAAAAGGAUACAAGUGAAGAGAAAUGCGGGAGGAGAAGCGAGAAGCGCUGCGUCUCCGCGAGCGAGAUCUCCGGCGAGGUUGAGAGCUCCGAACGAUAAUCAGAACCAGCCGAUAUCUCUUAGUCGGAGCAAUUCGAGGAAAGCCGAGCACUCUCCUUACCGGAGAAAUCCUCUUUCCGAGAUCGACACCAACAUCAUCUCACAGGCAGCGCCUCCACAGAAAUUGUCGAAUGCAGGAGUGAACGUGACGCGAAGCAGGUCGUCUCGGCUAUCGCGGGAUCUGGACAUGAAUCCGGAAACCCUAACAAAUCCUAAUUCAUCCUACACUGCGCUUCUGCUGGAAGACAUCCACAAUUUCCACCAAAAGAAGGGUCCUCCGUUAUCUCUGCCGGCAUGCGUGAGCAAAGCAUGCUCCAUCCUGGAAGCAGUGGCGGACCUCAACUCGAGCAGCAGCGACCAAAUGAAAGAAAUAAGGGAAUCGGAGAUAGUAGGCAACGAUGACCUAAUGCAGCCUAGCUUCCACAAAUACGUGACGGUAAGGAGGGGGACGAGCGGAGACGAGGAGUUGGAGGAGCAAGAAUCCUCCGGCAGCAACAGCUUUGUGGGAAGCCAGCAACAGUGGGCGUCUUCUUCAAACUGGGAGCCAAAUUCGGCUGAAUCCACUGACCGGUGGACAGCGGUUGAUGAAGGUGGCAAGAAAGUGGCUGCUGCUAAUGGAAUCGGAAGGGGGAGAAUUGGGAGUCGAGUUUCGCUUACUGCACCUGCUUCCGCUUCCACGCAGACAUAGACAAUACACAUCACAUGCUUGUAUGUUUAUCUGCUUUCGCUGCUUCUUUAACAUGUGUUUUUCAUAUUUGUAGAAAUUUCUAUGUUUGGUUGCUAACUUUCGCAACCAUCCCCUCAAUUAUUUGAACAACCACCCAUCUUUUUUUUUUU